AAAGUACGAGUACUCGGCUACUCAACACGCUUGACGCUAGUCGCUAGUACAUAUAUACGCUAUACAGCCACUAGUCAGGCGUCGUCUCCUCAACGUCUCGCAAACUGCAGGGUGAUUGGGUGGAUGUUGUGUGUGUGUGUGUGUGUGUGUGUGUGUGGUACAGCUUUGGCCUUUGCGCCUUUGAGAUGAGAGACUGCGGGUCUUGCCUGAAACUCGCACCGCCUGCCGCGUGCCGCGUGCCGCCGCGCCUUUUACUCCAUCCUGCGUUGUGUUGCGUUGCGUUGUGUUGGGUCGUGUUGCGUUUCAGUUUUGCGUAUUAACGCACGUGGUAAACACUGCAGACUAACUGCUAACUCGCACUUAUACGUAGUAAGAACGCCAACGUGACGGUACGGAACGUAAGAAGAUAUUGUCGUAAACUGUGCGCGCGCUAACCCUAACCACUACCGAAAUUUCAAAUUUCUCGCAACGGCCUAACUACGAGUACUCGUACUCGUAUUCGUAUUUGUACUUGCCUACGCGUACCCAAGCACCUACUCCAACUCGUGCUCGUGCUCGUGCUCGUGCAAGUACAUACCGUAUCAGUGCAAGUGUGUGCGUAAUAUUGUGCCGAGUUUUUGUUUUACAACAGAUACCUACUUAGGUACACACGAGACCAAGUGCCGAUGACAUUGCACCACGUGGCGCGGACGCGGACGCGGGCGCGGGCGAAUGGCACUUAUAAAUAGUACGCGAUACGAAGACGACGACGACGACGAGGAGUAUGUACAGUGUUGUGGGUCAUCAUACAUACGGACGUGCAGAUCGACGUCAUCCUAAUCGGCAACAACAGUCUCAAAAUGCACAGCAUCAGCAAAAUCCGCAUCAACAUGGUCACGGUCACGGUCACGGUCACGGUCACGGUGGCUCGCAAUUACAAUUGCAAUCCGCCAGCAAUUUCAGCUUGUCCAACAAACGACGCGGCUGUCGCAACAGACAUCGUGAACCUUUGACGCUGAGAUUUUUCAACUACAUCAAAAACAGAUUCAAACCCGUAGUCGAAGAAGAUGUAGAUGAAUCAAAUGUACACGUUGUUAGAUAUCGUCCGGAAGAACUCACCAAGUUGACCAAAGUUACAAGAUUCAACAAGAAAGAAAUUCGACUAAUUUAUCGCGGAUUCAAACAGGAAUGCCCUUCUGGUUUAGUGGAUGAAGAUUCGUUCAAACAUAUAUUUUCGCAAUUUUUCCCUCAAGGAGAUGCCACUCAGUAUGCUCAUUAUGUGUUUGGCACUAUGAAACGAAAUCCUUCUGGUAAAAUUAGUUUCGAGGAUUUUCUCGGAAUCUUAUCCAAGGUAUCACGAGGGAGUGUUCAAGAAAAAUUGCAGUGGAUCUUUGGCCUUUAUGACAUCAACAAAGAUGGCCAUAUAACUAAAAAAGAAAUGGUGGAUGUUGCGAAUUCCAUAUAUGAAAUGUUGGGCAGGCACACCCAACCACUAGUAGAUGAGCAUUCGGCCACGGAACAUGUCGAUAAAUUAUUUCACUUGAUUGAUCUGAACAACGAUGGCGUGGUGACUAUUGAAGAAUUGGUUGAUUGGUGUUUGCGAGAUGAACAAAUCAUUAGAUCUCUAGAAACUCUAGACACUGUGUUAUGAGGGCUUUUUCAUCACUGUUAUCAACACCAAGCUGUUGAUGAAUGGAGGAUGGGUGCCUGGUCCCUACUGCCUGUGCUGUAAAUGCCAAUGUACCUACCUUCCUGCCACCAGAAACACUACCUACGUUUAACAUCUUUACCAACAUGUGGUACAUGACCACAAUGCACUCUUCCUACGCGGAGCAGCGUAUAUGUAUGUGAAACUUGUUUUGUUUGUCUUUGUAUACCUACUUGCAGGGUCUGUGUGAGAGUUAUCAUCAUUGCGUACUUGCGGAGAUUCUCUGAUUUGGUACUCCAUUUUCACCUGAAGUAGUUCCUGGAGGGAUAGCGUGCUUUUUCAUUGUUACCAGAUUUUAUCCGAUUCAUCGACUUGUUAAAUAAUUUGUUCGUUUGUUUUGUUAAUUUAUUUUUUCCUUCAUUCGCUUAUUUACUUGUACAAUGUACCUUACACCAAGUUCUAUCCAGGUACCUACUAAUAUAUUUAUAUGCAUCUCUACUCUAUGAUAUAUAUCAAUAUCUACUUUUGUAACGUUAUGGCACCAUUUAGUUGAACGUCGUUGUGGCACCAGGUAGCAAGUGAAGAAAACUUAGUCAUUUACGCGAGCGUUUUUCUGGCAACGGUUUAUUCAUUAAUAAAAACCAACUGGUGCCUCUAUAUUAUAUGAGUAUAGAGUGAUGAUUACGGGUAUAAGCAACAGCGCCAUCUAAUCGAAACAUUUUACAACGAAUUUUUACAAAAAAAUACAUCGAAAACCAAUGAGACCUGAAAAUGGUGCCACAACGUCUGUUGACUAUAUAAUUUUACCAGUAUAUUAAAAGGGACUUUUAAAUGUCGUUGUGGCACCAUUACGAAAAUUUGCCUAACGACCCCUGGCAGUGCCCUGAUGACAUUCCACACGAUUUUAAAUAAAAUACGUUGUGGCACCAUUUGGUGGUGCCACAACGUAAAUUUUGGUGCCUGAACGUGUGUAAAGUAUAUAAAAUGGUGCCACAAGUACAUCAAUUAUGAGUCUAUCUAUCUAUUUACCUACCUACCUAUCAUCUAUCUAUCUAUCUAUUUAUUAUUUUUCAUAUAUUUGUCUACCUACCUAUCUAUCUAUUUACCUAUUACUUACCUAUCAAUGUAUGAAAUUACUGAAAUGUCCGUGCUUACCUAUUUAUUUUUCAAUCUAUUUGUUUAUCAUUUACUUACAUUUUAUUCAUUCUUUCAUCCCUUUCCUACUUUAUUUCUUUUAUUCUAUGUAAAUGUGUUUUUAUUUGUUUUUCAAUUUCUCACCUCCUCCAUUGUUUUAUGAUUUUACUUGCCUAUCUGUUUCAUCAUUACCUAUGCCCAGAAAUAUCGAGUAGGUACCCCUAAAAAAGUUUUCUUUUAAAAUACUUUGGUUGGUCAGUGGUCACAGUGAAUGAUACGAGUAAUAAUGAUAGCAUAUGAUUGGUUGAUGGACUGGAGAGAUAACAUUCUACCAAUGACCGAUGGCAUCUAUUUCACGUUGCCAACCUAUAUUUUUAAUGUAAAACUUUCUUCGAGCUACUCGAUAUUUUUGGGCACCCUGUAUGUGGUAACCUCAUUGCUAAACACGAUAUUCAGAGUGCGAUGAAUGAGUAAUUUAUGAAAUGUAGAAUCAAGAAGUCUGUUGAUACGAGUUUGUUGCAAAAAAUGCUAAUAGGUACAGUUGAGUACAGUAUACAUGUUUCUGGUAGGCGUAGGAGUGACGUGAGAUAAUUAUAUUUUUUCCAAAACUUAUCGAGAGUAUUAUAAAUAGGUACUUGACAGUUGACACUCUUAUUGGUUUGAGCUUUGGUACUUACCUACUACUUACUACAACAUUUUUACCUAAUUUGAAUGUAUCAUUUCUUUCUUUCUCUUUCGAAGACAUACUUGCCUAAUUGAUUACUUCUUAUCUACUAAUUGUGUCAUGAUUGUUAUUUUUUUCUUUAUUUACUUAUUUAUAUUGUCAAUGUGUGUAUCUUUACAUUACAUUACCAAGAAUUGUUAUGUCUAACUUUGACUCGGGUAGAUAUUGGUUUUAUCAAACUCAGCCAAACACUUUUUCCGUUGCAAUUAUUUCUUUACCGCUUUCGUUGUUAAAAAAAUAUUUCAGUAGUACCUACCUAAGCUACACUAUGUGUGUAGUUUAGCUAGUAUAAAAAUUACUUACAUACUUGCAACUCUGCAAUCUAAACAUGCUAUGUAGGUAAACAAGCGAUUCGAAGAUCUAGACAUUAUUUAAUUUUUUUUCUACUGGUAAAACUACAUACUCAUUAGAGUUUUUGCGCGAAGCGCGAAAAAACUCUAUUGUAAUCACUUUUUCAUAGUCGUCAACGUCGUCGUCGUCGUCGUAGCAUUUUAAUUAUUAAAAUGCUAAGCAAUAUGCAAAAAAUUCUGAUGCCGGGUUCUUCGAAUUUUUGGAAACCACUUUCCAAAAUGACGUCGAAGAGACCCAAAAGUCGCCAAUAAUGACUCAAUUAUUGUCAGUGGUUCAUAAAGAACCACUUUCAGGUGACGACGAUCCACUGUUUGAAUUGUUGAAGUCUCAUUACAACCAGAUAACCGAUUUUACUUUAAAAACGAAGCUGCGCAACACUUUCUUAGACAUAAUAAAAAAAAAUGGAUAUAGAAAAUGGAAAUACUGGAGCUAUGUUUAAAUUCUUACGAGAACAGUGCAAUGCUAGCAACAAAAAGAAAACGUAUACAUAUAAGCGAAAAAUUUACGAUGUUAUAAUGGCUGGAACGGUGGAUGAGGACGAGUUACUUGAGGACAAAGAAGAAAAUGUUGAUGAAUCGACAAAAAUUGGAAGUGUAAAAAUUUUAAAGUUUGAACCGUAUUGAUGUCUAUAGUUCGUAUUUUGUUUUGUGAAUUUCCGAUUAAAUCCAUUUAAAUAAAUUUGAAAACAGCAAAAACUCUCUUGUAAUCAGCGAAUAGCUGAUGGCUUGUUUUUAGUGUAAUUAUUGGUAGAGAAGGAGUGAAGAAUGAGGAUCAUUUAGCUACCUACCUUAGCACUAUACUGCCUGUGUCUAGUGUGUAAUUGCACAUUUUCCAAAAUUCAAUUUUAUAUGUAGGUACACCUAUGUCAUGUAUUUCAUACGAGUUUUUGAAGUUAGUGUAGGUACACCAACGUACAAAAUUUUCAUCUUCAUGUUUUUCUAAACAGGUAGAUCAACAGGUAUACGAAUAUCACUCUCAUUUUCUCCAUAAUCUCGUUGAAAUGGAUUUCAUCUGUGGCCUCAAUUUUAAUGUGGUCCUACUCUGGGAAAUUUCACAAGAACUGCUAGUUGGCAGCAUGUAAAUGCGAUGCUUUGCUUAUGGAAUGUAGGAUCACAAUCCGUUGUUUUCAGAGAAUAAACAGUGGGGGGGGGGCGGCAUUCGAGUGGAGACCAAUUAGGUAAUAAUUGUUUUGUUAUCUACUGAAGAAGAUGAAAAAUGACGAGUACAUAAAAGAAAAAUCUAUAGUUGAUGUCCGCAGUAGCUUGAUGAUUACUGGCUGAGAAUCCUCCAUAAACAUCUUUUCUCAUUGUUUGCUUCUUUCUACCAGACAUUAUCUCUGACCAAUGUAUUUUAGUGUUUUUUUCAUUUAUACCUAAGUAUACAUAUCUUUUUCACCUCAUUUUUUUCCUCAUGUAAACUUUGCAAAGUUGGCUGUUAUUAGAAUUAAAUGUAGAAAAAAAAUGUGAGUUAUAUGCUGUUAACAUGUAAAUGUAGCUCUUUUAUUCGUGUUAUUACUUAUGUACUACCUGUUUAUUUCUUACCCACAUAUUGAAAUAUAUUGUUUUGUUUUUCCUUUU